AUGGAGCCUCUGGUUGGGGUUUUGAUGGGUUUCAUUCUGGCGGUGGCCUCAUCGGCGCAGAACAACUGUACCUGUGCGACCAACAAGUGGGCAGUAUGUGCCCAGGAUGGACCUGAGAACUGCACCUGCACGCUGGUAGGUUCAAAUCGCAAGGUCGACUGUUCAACGCUGACUUCCAAAUGCUUGCUGAUGAAGACAGAAAUGAUGCCCCUGAAGGAGAAGAGCUUCCAGGCCCAAACCCAUUGGCUGUUAGAUACCGAUGGCAUUUACAGUCCAGACUGUGAGGACAGUGGGAUCUUCAAACCUAAGCAGUGCAGUGAAGUCGAUACUUGCUGGUGUGUGAACACUGCCGGAAUUAGAAGAACCGAAAAAGGUGACAAAAGCCUGAGCUGCGACAAACUGGUUAGAACGAGCUGGAUCUGCAUUGAACUGAGGCACAAAAAAAGGUCCAGUGCCUUCGAUGUUCCCGAUAUAGCAGCCGCCCUGAAUCAUCUGUUUGAGAGCCGAUACAAACUGCACCCCAGGUACAUCACAGACAUCAAGUACGAUCCCCCACUCAUCCAAAUCCACCUGAACCAGCACGAGAAAUCUAGGUGCGAUGUAGACAUAGCUGAUGUAGCCUAUUACUUCGAAAAAGAUGUAAGAGAUGACUCCAUCUUUCAUUCUAACAGUCCAUUAACUAUCUCUGUCAAUGGAGAUGCUUUGGAUAUUGAAAAAUUACGGAUUUACUAUGUUGACGACAAACCUCCAGAGUUUCACAUGAGACAACUGGUUACUGGCGUCAGUGCCGUAGUGACAACGGUGAUACUGACUGCUAGCGUGGGCAUCACUGUCCUGGUUAUUCUGAAAUGGCUGCGGACAAGAAAUUAUGAGAAAUUUGAGAUUAAAGAAAUGGAUGAAAUAAGAGCACCAAGCUCACAGCUGCCCUGA